CUCAUUUUCAGCCAUGGCUAGUUACAGAAGAUCAACCUUCUUAUUCUGGUUCCUCCUUCAAGCCUUCCUCUUGCUGUCUUCCACUGUUGUCCAAUCUAAGGAUGACGACGAGAACAAUCUUCUCCAAGGGCUGAACAGCUACAGGCAGUCUCAGAACCUCCCGAUCCUGGCAAAGAACGACAAGGCAGGGUGUUUGGCUGACAAGAUAGCCGAGAAACUCGAGGACCAGCCCUGCCCCGCUGGGAGAAGUAUUGCCGUUGCCCAGCUCAGCAACUACGCCGACUCGAUGGACAAGUGUGGCAUUGGGAUGAACAACACUAGGGAGGGUGUUGUGCUGCCGGUCUGUGUCAGUAAGCUGGUGCCGACCCUCGUCCUGACGAACUACACUCAGACCCAAUUCGCGAGGUACAUCAACGACACGCGGUUUGUCGGCGCGGGGCUCGGUUCGGAGGACGACUGGAUGGUGGUUGUGCUUAGUACCGGGACUCCAGGCGGGAGCUUUGCCCGAGCUCACCGUUCGAUCCCGACGGCAGGGUUCACUGGGCUGUCGUUGUUGGUUGGAAUGCUGCUUUUGUUGUUUGUUUGAGGGGAAAAUGGGGAGGCGGCGUGAUUUUUGAAGUUGCAGGGUAUGUGUUUUAGAAGAUGUGGCUGGCCUGAAUGUAAAAGUAGUGGUGAAUGUAACGCUUAAUUAGUGUAUGGUUGUAGGGUGUGGACUCAAGAAUGAGAUUUAAGAAGUAUUGAAAAUGGUGAACCUGUUUAUGUAACCAUCUUAGCUUGUCAUGAUUGACAGUUUUAUUUGUAACAAUCAGACCAUAUUGUAUGAAUUCCAUCCGUGGUUGCAAAUCUGUAACCAGAAGGCCAGGCAUAUAAUAUAACCUUAAAAUUGCU